UCCGGGUGAGACCCGGAGUCCUCCAGUCCUCUCCACUGCCCCAAGCUGCCCUGCAGAGCUGCGGCAUGGCGAGCCGUUCCUACCGCACCAGCUCCAGCUACGGGGGCAGGAACUUCAGCUCCUGCUCAGCUGUUGUGCCCAAGCCUGGGGCUCGUGGCGGCACCAGCGCCCUGGCCUCCCGUGGGGGCAGCCCUGGGGGGCCGGGCUACCGGCGCCUUGGGGGCUUUGGCAGCCGGAGCCUGUGUGCAGUGGGGUCCCCGCGGGUUGCCGUGAGCUGUGGAUGGCCCCUGCGAAGCGGGGGCUGCUUUGGCUACCGGGCAGGGGGCCUUUGUGGGCCCAGCCCGCCCUGCAUCACGACCGUGACAGUCAAUGAGAGCCUCCUGGCGCCCCUCAACCUGGAGAUCGACCCCAACGCGCAGUGCGUGAAGCACGAGGAGAAGGAGCAGAUCAAGUGUCUUAACAACAAAUUCGCUGCCUUCAUCGACAAGGUGCGCUUCCUGGAGCAGCAGAACAAGCUGCUGGAGACCAAGUGGCGGUUCUACCAGGACCGCAAGUGCUGCAACAGCAACCUGGAGCCGCUGUUCAGUGGCUACAUCGAGACGCUGCGGCGGGAGGCGGAGUGCGUGGAGGCCGACAGCGGGAGGUUGGCCUCGGAGCUCAACCACGUGCAGGAGGUGCUGGAGGGCUACAAGAAGAGGUAUGAAGAAGAGGUGGCCCUCAAGGCCACGGCAGAGAAUGAGUUUGUGGUGCUGAAGAAGGACAUAGACGGUGCCUAUCUGCGCAAGGCUGACCUGGAGGCCAAUGUGGAGGCUCUGAAGGAGGAGAUAGGCUUCCUGCAGGCCCUCUACGAGGAGGAAAUCUGCCUCCUUCAGUCACAAAUCUCCGACACCUCGGUGGUGGUCAAGAUGGACAACAGCCGGGAGCUCAACAUGGACUCCAUCGUGGCUGAGAUCAAGGCUCAGUACGAUGAUGUCGCCAGCCGCAGCCGGGCCGAGGCCGAAUCCUGGUACCAAACCAAGUGCGAGGAGAUGAAGGCCACAGUGACCCGGCAGGGCGAGAAUCUCCGCAGAACCAAGGACGAGCUCAGCGAGCUGAACCGCAUGAUCCAGAGGCUGACGGCGGAGGUGGAGAAUGCCAAGCAGCAGCGCUGCAGGCUGGAGGCGGCCGUGGCUGAGGCGGAGCAGCAGGGUGAAGCGGCCCUCAGCGACGCCCGCUGCAAGCUGGCCGGGCUGGAGGAGGCCCUGCAGAAGGCCAAGCAGGACAUGGCCUGCCUGCUCAGGGAGUACCAGGAGGUGAUGAACUCCAAGCUGGGCCUGGACGUGGAGAUCGCCACUUAUCGCAAACUGCUGGAAGGGGAAGAAAUCCGGCUGUGUGAAGGCGUGGGCUCAGUCAACAUCUGUGUGAGCCGUUCCCACGGUGCUGUGGCCUGCGGGGACCUCAGCUCGACCGUUUCUCGUGGCCUGGGGGGCGUAACCAUCAGCAGCGGUGCCCUCUGCUCCCCCUCUGGGGUGGGGACCUGCUCCAUGGCAAGAUCUGUGCGGUUUGCAUAGUGGGGGGAUGGAUGGCGUCUGAUGAGGGGACAGGAGGGGGACGGGAGGGGGAAAUGUGUCUCUCCCAGGCCCCAAUAUUAGUUUAGUAAUUUCCCGUUACUGGGAACCCGGAGCUAAUAGUCCAGUUUUCUUCUUACUGGAAUUACGAUUUAACCUUUGAGUGCAAACCCUGGACUUGGCAUUCUGCCGCCUCUGUUGAUUCUCCCCUCCCUGUGGUCCGGGAAAGGGACCUAAAGGCUUUUUGAUACAAACUGCUUAGCCACUUUCUUCCCCAACUAAUUCAGGUUAGCAGACCUUACUAAGUAGUGACCGUGGGCCAGGCCCUCUGGGAAGGGAGCCCCGUGGCGGGAUGGCGGUGCAUGGGGGCACCUCUGUGCUCGCCCUCGGACGAGGGGCUGUGCACGCCGCCACACCGUGGAGGGGGCUGCAGGGGCGCUGGGGCUCCAGGAGGCCGUCACUCAGUCUUAGAGAUUGUGUGUUCCCAGAGCGUCCCCCAACUAUUCGUAUGUCAGGAUGGACAGAUUGACUGAGGGUAACUGGCUGAGGUUUCUGCUGGUGGAGGUUUGGAAUUUUACUGUAUUUGGAUGAUUCACGUUGUGGCUCUUUCUCUCGUUUUUGGUGCGCAUGAUUAAAUGGCGAUGGUGAAAGGCUUUCUCCUGGUAA